CAGCUAUUCGACAUAGAAAAGUUUAAAAACUACAGAGAGUAUUGAUUUAUCGUAAACUAAUAUUUUUAAAUGGGUCAGUUUGAAAGCAAAAUUGUUGCUGCAAUAGACAUUGGCACGUCAUUUUCCGGAUAUGCAUACGCGUUUGAAAACGACAGGGAGAAUAUUUUCACUUCAAGUCAAACCUUUGGACAGCAUAAUGAUAGGGUUCCUACCGUUGUGCUUCUUGAUUCAAGUGUAAAAGUGGAUUCAUUUGGGCACGAGGCUGAACAGAAGUAUUCAGAGCUUCUUAGAAACAAGAAAGAUGGUGAAUUUCGCCUGUUUUCAAGAUUUAAAAUGGAAUGUUAUUCCGAAAGAAAUAUGACAAAUAAAAAAAUCAAAGAUGAAAAAGGGAGGUCAAUGAUAGCUGUAAAAUUGUUCGCGGCUGUAAUCAAAUAUUUUAAACAGCUAAUAUUGAAAGCUAUGCAAGACGGAAAAGAAGCACACUUAGACAGCAUUGAAGAACAUACGUUAUGGAUAGUAACAGUUCCUGCAAUUUGGUCUGACGCGGCCCGGCAUAUUAUGAAGGAAGCUGCUGUAACUGCUGGUAUACGUGAAGAAAAACUUCGACUUGUGCUUAAACCAGAAGCUGCGGUCGUAUUUCUACGCAAUCAAAAGCACCAUGUAGAGUACAACGGUAAUUUAAUUAGACUGGCACCUGGGUCAAAGUAUAUCAUCGCUGAUUUAGGUGGAGAAACAGUAGAUAUAUGUGUUUAUAAAAGACUGCACGGGGAUUACACAAAAGAGCUCUAUAGAGUUACAAAAGGUGAUUUUGGUGGAAUGUCAGUUGAUAAUGAAUUCAAACACUUUUGUAUCACGAUAUUUGGUGUUCAAAUUUGGAACAAGUUUAAAUUGGAUCACUAUGAGGACUAUUUUCAACUAUGGGAAGACUUCGAAUGCAAAAAGAGAUACUUUUCCGCUAAAACUCAUCAGACUCGUUUCAUAAUACCCGAUUCUUUGUAUUUACUGUUGGCAUGUGAGGAGUCCAUGUCUUUGCUUUCUGCAGUUUCCAGAAGUCCUUACUCAAAUUUUGUAACAGUUGAAGGACAAACGUUAGUUUGUGAAAAAGAAAUAAUGGAACACUUUUUCACGCCCUCACUUUCAUAUGGCAUUAUACCUUUGCUGAAGAAGGUUGCUGAUGAAUGUAAAUAUAUACAUACACUUAUUCUCGUAGGGGGCUACUCACAGUCGCAAUAUGUGAUGAAUGUGCUAGAAGCUGCAAUGUCGGAGAUGCGAAUUGUACAUACCAAAGAGCCCUGGCUUGCUCUUGUUAAAGGUGCCGUUUUAAUGGGAUUUUCACCAAUGUAUAUAUUAAAAGGAAUGUCCAGAAGCCAGGCUGAUCCAUCUACAUUAAGCAGUGAUCGUGUAAAGAAAGUAGCUGGCGAAGGAAAUGCGUCAGAAGAGCUGACACAUCGAUCUCAUCAAACAAUCCAGGUAGGUCCAUCUACAUUGAGCAGUGAUUGCGUGAAGGAAGUAUCUUGGGAAGCAAAUGCGGCAGACGAUUUGGCACAUCCUUCACAUCAAACAAUCCAGGCACGUCCGUUUACAUUAAGCAGUGAAGGUGUAAAGGAAGUAGCUGGCAAAGCAAAUGCGUCAGACGAUUUGGCACAUCCUCUUCAUCAAACGCACGUAUCUAAACAAUUUAGAGACUCAGUUAACUUAUUUUACUUGGAACAUUAAUUUUUGUUGCAUGUUUGCAUGAAAAAUUUCAUCAUUGCGAUAAUAAAGUUUUAAUUAGUUACAAAAUGAUAUGAAUUAACUCAGUUCCGUAAGUUACAGCCCUUGAUACUAAGUGGACGAAUUGCCGAGUGCACUGCCUUAUGGGUAGCUCUUUGUCAGCUGGCAAUUUUGUUUAUUUACAAAUGUUUAUAAACGCUGUCUUCUAUCUUUUCUGGAAACAGUUGCUCUUAACACAAACCAUGUACAAAUAAUGGACAGCCGUCAACUCGCCUUGUACCCGUUUUAGCGAGAUGCCUAGCAAUGACAUUUCUUGGUAUCAUUCAAAUGGCCUGAAAAGUUAAGAAUACCUGGAGUAAAAAUGCAUAUUAUAGUUUUGUUUUUAUUUUAGAAACCAAACAGGUCCAUCUACAUUAAGCCGUGAUGGUGUAAAGGAAAUAAUUGGCGAAGCAAAUGCGUCAGACGAUUUGGCACAUCCGUCUCAUCAAACAAGCCAGACAGAUCAAUCUACAUUAAGCAGUGAAGAUGUAAAGGAAGUAUUUGGUGAAGCAAACGCGUCAGACAAUUUGGCAACGUUACUGCUUGUAUGUGGUAAUUGUUUGAUAUAAAGAUUAACAUUUGUUACAAUUUAACACAUCGACCAUGUAAACAUGCAUGCUCUUUGUAUUAUUGAUAUAAACGAAGGAGACAGACCCCAUUCUGGCAUUGUUUCAGGCACAGGCAGAUAAAGUUUAACAAAAAUAUACAUCAAGUUAUACACUUGGGCACAGAAGCCUAUGUAAUAAGAUAACACCAUAGAUAAAUAAAAAUGCAUAUAAUCUAUGAA